AUGGAGAAGAACGGAAAUUGGCGCAAUCCCAAUUGGUUGCCACCCAUUAUAACAAAAUGUACAUCAGUCAUGGGACUAAACAUAACCACCAUUGCCACCCACAUGCUUGGCUUCAUCUUGUUGCUGGUUUUCUGUCAUUUCUCUUACAUGUUCUUGCGCAAAUUCUCCCAGCCUCGCGUCGUCUCUGAAUUCAUCGUAGGCCUGGUGAUAAGCAAUUUGCCAUUCGUCCGAUCUCGAUUAAGUUUAGAAGUACUUAAGCAACUGAAGUAUAUAGUAGAAUCUGGGAUGGUUGCUCUCAUGUUUGUAGUUGGCUUAGACAUAAGCCCUAGUAUCUUCAUCCACCUUCCGGUUCGCGAAAUGAAAGUAGCCAUGUCUGGAUUCUUGACUACAUUCCUCCUAGCUUUUCUUGUAACACCACUCUUACAUGUUCCUAUAGUUUCCAACACAACUUUCUAUUUAGGCCUUUCCUUCAUUCUUGCUGGCACAGCCUAUCCUCUUCUCUCGCGCCUUUUAACUGAUCUCAAGAUAGCGAAAUCUGACAUUGGCAAAUUUGUUAUUACCUCAGCAAUGCUCUCUGACACCAUGUCUAUUCUCUCACUCUCAGUAGGCUAUAUCAUCUUUGAUAUUGAAGAUAAUUUUGCAAUGCGGAAAGGGAAUGAGAUAGCUACGAUGAUCGUAACUUUGCUGAUGGAAAUCUUCUUAGCAGCCAUGAUUGCACCAGUAAUCAUGAAAUGGGUGAACAGGGCUAAUCCAGAAGGCAAACCUAUGAAAGGGUCUCACCUGGUUCUUGCAUUGGCGUCGAUUAUUGGAAUAGCCAGUAUUGCCCCAUUGUACGCGAAGUUUAGUGGCUUGUUAAGUGCUUUUCUAGCAGGCUUGUUUAUGCCGAAAGAAGGGAGGAUAUCAAAGAUGCUGAUCAAUCAAGUUAAGUACUUUUUCACCAGCAUCUUUUACCCGAUUUUCUUCUUUUGGGUGGGUUCUGAAUCUAAUCUAGCCAAAUUCGGAGCUAAACAAUGGCGGACAUGGGAAAAUCUCAUAUUCCUGUACUCCAUAACAUUGAUCGGGAAAGUGGCGGGAUCAGUCAUGUCCGGGGUUCUCUUAGGCUUCCACUGGAGGGAAUCCAUUGAAAUCGGGUUGCUACUCAGUCUCAAGGGCCAGCUCCAUGUCUACUUGGCUAUUCUUGCGGCCAAGAUGCAACUCAUAACGGUUUCCACCAGCAUUGUCAUGGUGUUUGUGACUCUGUUAACCAUCAUCUACACCCCGACGGUGGUGGAAAAGAUUAUUGAGCGCGCAAGGAAAAGGACCCCGACUCAAAGAAUGGCAUUGCAAUGGCACCAUCCUGGUGCUGAGCUCCAGGUUCUUAUCUGUGUCCACGGUACCCAAAAUGUUCAAUCUGCUAUUAACCUAAUGGAGAUUUGUCAAGGUCCUCCGGAGCCAGGGAUCAUGGUUUACCUAACAGACAUGGUGGAACUCACUGAUAAAAUCGCGUCAACAUUAGCACAUGAAGCGGAUGGGACGCUGACUGUGACAGACCCGGAAGUGGUGGAGAUGCGCGACAGCAUUACCAGAAUCAUUGAGGAAUACUUAGAUGAAGGGGGUGAAGGGGUGGGACUUCGACGAAUGAUUGCAUUGUCAACCAUGAUUAAUAUGCAUAAGGAUAUCAUAAUUCUUGGAGAGGACUUGAUGAUUUCUAUGAUCAUACUGCCGUUUCACAAAGAGCAGGAUGCAGAUGGAAGGCUCAAUGCUGGCAAUCCAGGGUUUCGAAACAUAAAUCGCAAGGUUCUCCGUAACGCACCUUGCUCAAUUGGUAUACUAGUAGACCGAGGAUUUGGAUCAACAAGAAUUUCAAGGUCUAGCGUAAUCAUCAACAUUGCUGUGGUUUUCAUUGGAGGGAAAGAUGAUCGUGAAGGACUGGCGUUCGCAGAAAGAUUUGCUCGACAUCCGGGUGUAAAACUAACUGUCAUAAGGUUUCUGUUGGAUUCUAACAACGAGACGAGUGUAUCAACGAGACUUAACAAGGCUAGGUUGCUCACCGCGGAGCAUGAAGAGGAGAUGAAACUUGAUGAUGAAUAUUUUGCAGAUUUUUACGGGAAGCAUGUGGCGGGAGGGCAUGUUUCAUACAUGGAGAAGUACCUUGUGAACUCCGGACAGACGUUUUCGACGCUCAGGUCGAUGGAAGGACACUACACACUCUUCAUUGUGGGAAGAGGAGGACGGGUGAACUCUGUUUUGACGAAGGGGAUGAAUGACUGGGAGGAGUGUCCGGAGUUGGGUCCUAUCGGUGAUAUUCUAUCGGCGUCGGAUUUCUCAGUCACGUCUUCUGUUCUGAUCAUUCAGCAGCAUAGUCUUAAAGGAGAGCUUCAGGGCUUGCAGGAUGAAUUUUCCAUCAUGCAGUGA